GCGGCAUGUUCGCUGAGUGCUGCGGGAAGUUGUUGGUUACUGACACAGAAUUGCAAUUCCAGAGACCUGUUACCUGGCAUUGUGAUCGUGGUUAAUGAAUGGAUUCAGCGUGUUUCUCCAACUCGCAACGCCUUUCCUGCCACAUCAUGAACCCGGAAUUAUUCAAACCUAGUCCAGAACGGGUACACGUUGCCCCACCAGUGAAACCAAACAGGAACAAAACGGAACAAAUAAAACCGGAAUUGGCUCAGGUGGUCACUGACUCCAAGACGGGAAGGUCUUACUGCAAAGGAAAGCUUUUGGGAAAGGGUGGUUUUGCACGAUGCUACGAAAUGACAGACCUUGCCAACAACAAAAUGUAUGCUGUCAAGGUUAUACCACAAAGCCGAGUCUCAAAACCUCACCAAAGGGACAAGAUAACGAAUGAAAUUGAGCUCCACAAAACUCUACAUCACAAGCACGUGGUGAAAUUCUCACACCAUUUUGAAGACCAAGACAACAUCUACAUCUUCCUGGAACUCUGCAGCAGAAAGUCCUUGGCACACAUCUGGAAAGCGCGGCACACACUCACGGACCCCGAAGUUCGGUACUAUCUCCGGCAGAUCAUAUCCGGCUUGAAGUACCUACACAACAAAGGCAUCCUCCACAGGGACCUCAAACUAGGUAAUUUCUUCGUAAAUGAGAACAUGGAGCUGAAACUAGGAGAUUUUGGGCUAGCUGCCAAGCUGGAGCCAGUAGAGCAAAGGAAAAAAACCAUCUGUGGUACUCCAAACUAUCUGGCCCCAGAGGUGCUCAACAGGCAGGGCCAUGGGCCAGAAUCGGAUGUUUGGUCACUGGGCUGUGUCAUGUUCACACUAAUGUGUGGGAAUCCACCCUUCGAGACCCUGGACCUGAAGGAGACCUACAGGUGCAUUAAGGAGGUGCGGUAUACCCUGCCCUCCACCCUCUCCCCUGCUGCCCAGAAGCUGAUCUCUGGUAUCCUGCAGAAAAACCCCAGUGACCGCCUGACCCUGGACCAGAUCCUCAAUCACGAGUUCUUCACAAAGGGCUUCACUCCUGACAGACUGCCCCCUAGCAGCUGCGUAAUGGUGCCAGAACUCAACCCACCCAGCCCUGCCAAGAAAUUCUUCACCAAGAUGGCCAAGAGCCUCUUUGGCAAGAAGAAAUCCAAAGUGGAGAAGGUCCCCUGUGAAGAGAGGGAUGACAUCUCCAAGCUCGUGUCUGGCAUCGUCAAGAGCUCCAUCAGCCGGCAGAUGAGCUACAAGACCGUGGAGGCUAAUGAGGCCACAUCUCCCAGCGGUCAACUGGCCAGCACUAGCCCACUGGACACUCAGGCAGAGGAAGAGUCCAGGAAGUCAACGUCACGCUCUUUCAAAGGCACCGUAGCCAGUAGCACUGAAGCUUGUGAAGAUGGCCUCACCCCUGCCGUCGUGGCUGAGUCUGCGAUGAAGGUCCUUAGCAGCUGCCUGUCCUCCAUGCCGGCAGCUUCAAGAAACCCACCCUGUCCAUCGAGGCCCAAAUCCUUUGUCUGGGUCACAAAGUGGGUUGACUAUUCUAACAAAUACGGCUUUGGCUACCAGCUGUCCAAUCAGAACAUCGGUGUGCUGUUCAACGAGGGGACUCAUCUCAGCUUGUGUGACCAGCGACGGACUGUGCACUACUAUCUGACAAACAACAAGCACUUCACCUUCCAAGCCUCCGCGGUCCCUGAGCAGCUCCGCGGCCAGAUGCAGAUCGUGGAGUACGUGGCCAACUACAUGGAGCAGAAUCUGAUGGAGGGUGGAGACCUGCACUCGGACCAGUCCCCCUCCACCUGCCCUCUGCUCUUGCAGUGGGUGAAGACUGACCACGCUCUCCUGAUGCUCUUCAGCAACUCCACCCUACAGGUUAAUUUCUACACCGACCACACCAAGAUCAUUCUGUGCAAGAGCUCCGACUCCUCCUACCUCCUGACCUACAUCAGCCGGGAGCGCGCGUCGUACACGUACACGCUGAGCACGCUCAGAGAGCAGGGCUGCUCGGCCGAGCUGAGGCACCGCCUGCGCUACGUCCUGCAGCUGCUGCAGCACCACGCCGGCGCCUAGACCUCGCCGGCCCAUCCCGUCACUCAGGACUCCUACGGGCUCCGCCCACGAGCCACCAACCGCUGCUUUCCUGCUUCCGAUGAGGAGCGAUUUUGGGUGGGGACUCCGCCCCUCCGCCCCCCGGCGGGGGGAGUCUCGACCUCUGGCUAGUGUCUGGCCUCUUUGGACUAUGGUGCACAUUUUCAUUUAUCCCUUUUUUUUAUUUUUCCCUUCAUUUUUAUUAAAAGACAACCCACAGCUCAAUUGCUCGAUCACACUACUGGCUUGAUUCACCUCACGAAAAACUUUUGACCCUCGUCCCUUCUGCUCCUGGACAUAUUUCGGGGGACCGACCGGCAGGCCCCAUGGCAAGUGGGAGCCAAGUGACUCUCUCCCUAACCAAAAACUAACUGAAGAAUAUCCAUCUGUUCUGUGCUCAAGGGACUUUUUUUUAUGCUUUAAAAUCACACGUUUAAAGCGACCAUUUUAUGAGAAUUCUGCCUCACUAUACGGUACGCACCAGGCUGGGUUAGCAUGGGUGGAAGAUUUCGUGUUAUUUGCACUAUGAAUCGGUUUCAUUUCUUUUGGGUGGCAGCUGAUUUUUCUUUUUCACUAGUUGCAGUGUUUUAUUUUUUCUAUAGAUAUAUAGAAAUGUAUACCUAUAGAUACCAAAAGGUCAUUCCUUUUUAAACUUUAAAAUGAGGGCAGGAAAUUGUCUUAAGCUGAUAGGUGUUGGCAUGGGCUACCGUCAGACGGUCAAGCUUUGCACGGUGACUGAAUGUGGUGGAGGGUUGGAGGGGUAAAGUGCCUUUGGGAGGGAAGUCUAGAGUGUGCAAUAAUGCCCCUUCUGAAUCUUUGAAGCUAAAUAGACUAAGGGAAGCUGAAAUGGGUUAAGGGGAUGGGCCAAAAGUAUAUGCAUUCAUUUUUUUUCUCUGGUGGGUUUGGAAAUGAGGAAGUGCUGUUACUUGUACGUGCUUAUUUUUUAUUUUAUUUUUUGGCUGUGGAAGUACCAGGCACUGCCAGUGUGCGCACACAAGUGUGCACCUUCCAUUUCUCCUGCUAAGAGAUGCUCAUCUUCCUCUGCCCUAAAAUCAUGUCCCUUUUGUAAACUGUGACCUUGAGCCUAAGUGUUAUUAAAACUAAUGAACAUUGUGUUUUCAAAUCCACAAAAAGGUGAAAGGCAAUGCCCUUUCACAGAAUUGAAAUAUCCUUUAAUUUAUUUACAUUCUGUGGCACAUUCGUCCUGUCUUUAAUAUUUAUUUUUAUUUAUAAAUUGUUUUAUUUAUUGUUUACAUCUUGUGUGGUGUUGACACUUGGGGAAAUGUUCAAUAUCACUUUUUAUAUGUGUUGGGAAAAUUGGAAAAAUAAAGUUUAUUGGAAAAAAUACAUAA